AUGCGAGGGAAAUUGCUGCUAGGUGGUGGUAAACCCAUUGCCUGGAACCACAAUACUAGUUAUGUUGGUGCAUCUGGACUUCACAGUGAAAAUAGCCCUCCUGCAAUAGGACGUCGGAGGAAAGAAGACCACGAUUUUAAGGAAAUACUAACUACCAUAGAAAACAUGCAUCGCAAAGAUAUGCAAUCAUUUACCACCAACCGCAAAUAUUUGGAAAAGUCCAUGCUGGCAUAUAGUGAACGAAUGAGGGAAAUUAACAAAGGGAGACGAUCCCUUCCUGUUAUAAUCACGCCAGCAUCCGGUGAGAAACCAGUUCUUCCAAAGAAAUUUUCCAAUACGAUCCGACCCGAUGUCGCAUCUCCUGCAUCAGACUUACUCGGAAGUUCUAGAGAUUCAGUCAUAUCUGGAAACUUUCAUCUGCAUUCUCCACUUCAUUCUCCACGAAAACUCUCACCAAUGUCCCAUUCACGAAAUCGCAAUCGCAAAAUGACAUUCCAUGGCAGUGAAAUAGAGCGACAUCUACUUACCCCUAAUAUGCAUUACUUACGUCAUUCCAUCAGCGGAACUGCAACUAGCCAGCAUUCAUUUGCAUCGGAGGGAUCAUUACGGACUCGAAAAAUUAGUACGAUAUCUCCUCCAGACCCGUCCGAUAUUAGGCGGACAAGAGACACGAAAUCUACAGACAGUGCAUACGAAAGUUUUAAUGGAUCAGAGAUGGAGUACGAUCAACAGGACAAACAUGAUCACAAUAAUGAAACAGACAUGGAUGUACAUUCUGUGAGUUCAAUAAAAAUUGCGUGUUUUCCCGAAAUUCACGAGGAAAGAAAAUAUAUAAAUAGUAUGUUUGGCGUGCAAGAUGAACAAAGUGAGGAUACGCCUAUCCAAAAAAAGAAGAAAUUGAGAAAAGUUGUCAAGAAACCUCAAGUGGAAACGAAGGGGAAAAAAAACAAAUAUUUAAAACGUCAACGAAAACACGAGAAAAAGGAGAAGAAAGAAGAAAUAGCAGAAACUAUAAUCGAAACAUACAUGGAAGACGAUGAAAAGGAAGAGGAGCAGGAAGAAGAUAGCAUCGAAGAACCAGAGAAGAAAAAGAGAGAGGUAUGCUUCGGGUUCCGUUACUCUCUUGCCAUUAAAGAGCUACUUAAAAAACCUAACCCAUUUAAUGUAUCAAAAAAGGAAAUGGUUCAUAAGGUUGAGAUGGAAAAUGGACGUAUAGUAAACACGCUUGGACCUGCAGUGCUGAAAGUGGUAGAUGUUGACAGACUAAAUAAUAUUAGAGGUGUACCUCUCAAUAUCAAGCGUGAUGAGCCAGCCAGCAAACGUAAGAAAGCAGCGGCAAACUUAAGUAGGAGUGUGUCGCGGAAUCCUCUACCAUCCAUUUCACGGGGCGUGUCAGUGGAAGGGAAUCAAGAGGAUUCAGAAAAAGCGCUGUCUGAGAGAAACAGGACAAAAACAUCUCUGUAUGAAAAACCUUUAGUAUCUUCCCAUCAGUCGCCUUCUACAGUAAUGGUCAUUGGUGCUGAUGGAUAG